AUGGCUGGCUGGAGCAGCCUGGCCACUCUCCUGGCCUUUCUCCUCCUGUGCCCGCUGCCCUCCCCCGGCUGCCCUGCCAUCUGCAGAUGCUCCUCUGGGGAAGUGGACUGCAGUUACCGAGCCUUGCGCGUUGUGCCUGAAAACCUGCCCACCAAUGCCAGUGCCGUGUGGCUGGGCUACAACCACAUUGCCGUCCUCAAGGCUCACACCUUCCGCUCGCUGCACACGCUGCAGAACCUCAGCCUGCGCAGCAAUGUCCUGGUGAGCAUCCACAGCCAGGCCUUGGCAGGGCUCGAGGCGCUGCAGGAGCUGGACCUGAGCAACAACUACCUCACAGUGCUCACGGCCGAGACCUUCCUGCCUCUCUCAGGCUUAGUGACUCUCAACGUGGAGGCCAACAAGCUUGGCCAGCUGCCCCUGGAGGUGCUGAAAGCACUGCCCUGCUUGCAGGAGCUCUUUCUGCACAGCAAUGCCCUGAGGUCCCUGCAUGCCAGCGUCUUUCUGAACCUGCCUGCCUUGCACUCCCUCACGCUGCAGGGCAACCCGUGGGCAUGCACCUGUGAAAUCCAGCCUCUCUUCCUCUGGAUCAUGGGCAACAGGGACAAAAUCCAAGAGGAGAAUUUGAUCCUGUGCAGAUUCCCAGAGCACCUCAAUCAGUAUCCCCUCCUGGCCAUUGGCAACGAGUCCUUCAGCCACUGCCAGGAGAGCUUGCUGCACCCCCGGGACUACGUCUUCUUCCUGCUCAUCGGCCCAGCCUCCUUCCUGGCCAGCAUCCUCAUCUGCCUCCUCCUCGGCUCUCUGGCUGUAGCUUAUAACCACCUCCUGAACAAACUUUGCUUUUGGUGAGGAGCCCACCCACAUGGGAGUCCCAUGGCUGCAGUAGCUCUGGGUGGGCCAGCCAGGGGACGAGGUACUGUCUGUGUCCCAGGGCUGGCAAGCAUUGUCGUGGGCCCGGGAAGAGAAUUGUGUUAUCUUCCCCUGCUGCGGGGCCUUUCCUUCUCCCCCAGGGACCAUGAGCCCCACUCACGUUCCUUGGAGCUGCAGCAACGAACCAAGAGGGAAAUCCCCAAGGUUUCUGCAAGACUUCUCUGAACAUCCAUCUGCACUGGCUGGCGAGUGCUGGCUCCACCCCUGAGCCCUCCAGCUCUUUCCAAGAGCCUGCCAGUGAGGUGCCAAUUGUUCUGAUACGGAGUUAGAGCCCAUAGGACUGGGCUGAGAACCCCCCAUCAUCUUCCACACCUGCCCCUGACCAGCAGCAGAUGGGAACUACUCCCCCCUGGCCUGGUUCAUGCCAGCACCUCAGAGGUGAAAGGCCCCUCUCUGCUUCCUAAUUUGCCUCAAAGGCACCUAGAGGGACGACCCUCCAUUACCAGGGCUUCAGUGUUAGCUGAAGGGUGUAACCAUCUGGCCUGCCCAGCCCAGUCCCCCAGUAUGAACGUGACAGCCAGGGGCUGAGUGCAGUCCCCACACCAAUUCACAGGGCUAACACGAUUGGGAUGGCAUGCUAGGAAACCUGGUGCCUGCUGCAGUAGGGUGAGCUGAGAAUUGCCUUUAGGUUUGCGGUGUUCUCAGUCUUAACUGCACUGGUGGUUGGGUAGCAGCCACAGUGUGCUCAGAGGAAUGGUCAGGGUGUGAAUGCUGCUACUACCCUGAAGAAAUAGGAGCCAUUUGCUCUGGUUCCUCAUGUGUUUAGACCAGAGCAUGGACAAAUCAAACCAGAGGCAUGCGCCUUUCCACCCAGGGAACGGAGGCAGAUGUUCUGGAUGAGAGAGUCGUGAGUAAAGAGCUGGAGCUGGGCAAACACUGAACAAUGCUCUGGACCUACCUACGUGAAUGUCAGCACUAGCUGGCUCUGGGCGUGCUCACUUCCUGUUUGCAUUCAUGUCCCAGUGAUGUUCUAGCAAACAUGUCCCCAGACAAGAGAGCUCACAGGAAUGGUACAUUUUAGAGAAUAUUUGUGGCAAGUGAAUUUUUGAACUUGAAACCGUGAGUAUGUGUUCUGGAAACCUGAAUUGGGACCUGGCUCAACAAUCAGGAACAGAAAUAUUCCUUGUGCCCUCUGUGUUGAGAGCUCAGAUUGCAGACCUGGACAGUGAGCGCUCGCUGUGACCUACCGGCAGAGAAUGGCCGACAAGAGAGCUGCACUGGAUUCUGGGAAGUGCAUUCUGGCUUCAGAGGAAGCAUCACCAAAUCGAUUACUCCUGGCUCCAGCUCUUCCUGUAUGGCCAAUGCUCCCAGAGCCAAAGCUAACCCCCAAGUCCGGGUUACCCACCCUACCAGUGGGGAAUGACAGUAGUCAUGUUGUCGGGCCUGAGAGCCACUCAGUAGCACAAUGGAAUCCAACACACAUGGAAAAUGUCCUUUUCCAUUACACAC